AUGCAGGCACAUGGCGAGGCGCCCUCAUUCCAGACCGAUGUGGACAGUGCGCUGCCACUGGAUCUCGACCCACUGUCUAGAGUGACAUCACCCGAUCUCAAUGGCGACUCUGUGCCAACUCGUUAUCGCACCGGAAGGCUUCUACCUGAAGUUGAGCUGCACAGGUUUGGCGGGAGUAUUGUCAACUCGGUGACGAUCCACCGCUUCUAUGGCGGCGGUGACGGCUUGGCGGAUGAAGAUGUUGUGGUUUUGAGCAACAAUGACCGGACAGUCACUGUAUAUUCACUGACUAGGACGAAAGUCCUCAAAGCCCUUCAUCACUCGACCUGCAUGAACUAUGCAACAAUUUCCCCGGACGCCAAACUGCUCACUGCAGUAGGAGAUGAAAACCGCGCCUACUUCUAUGAGAUCACCAGGGAUCUAGAAUCCGUCGGAACAACCGAAUCUGGAGAAAAGCUCACCGGAUGGGAAUGGGAGCUGAUCAAUUGUUUGGAGAUGGACAUUGGUUUGCGAGCAGAUGAUGCGUGCUGUUUCACCGUCGCCUUUUCACCUUCUAGCCGCUUAUGCGCUAUAGGGUCUCAAUCGGGAAUUAUCACGGUGAUUAAUGUUGCAUCGGUCUACCAGACAAGCGGCGACGAAAGUGUCUCACCGAUUCUUUGCCAGUUCCCGGCCUCCAGAUCGUGUGCCAACGGUGGAGCUGUGCGCUGUAUGACAUUCUCGCCAGAGCCAUGGGAUCUCCUAGUGUGGCUGGAGGGUCAUGGAAGAGCAGGGGUUGCAGACGUCCGCCAGCAUUUCCUACGUAGACAAAUCCUUCAACUGGACUCCCACGACCCACAACUGGAAGAAAUAUACACGGACUUCGCGACAGAAGGUCUGGAGCGACAACGACCGGACGAACAAUCCCCAGUGCGUGCGCCGCAAGCGAGAUCCGACGAGGAUUCUAUGCUCAGGCGAAAUGGAGAGGAAACGGAACGUUCUUCACUGCGAGAGUCUUUAAUUAAUGAUCUCACCGAGAGAGAAAGGUUGAUCAUGGAAUUCUUGAAUACAGCACGCUGGACAUCAAGGCCAGAAGAAGGAACGGCCGAGCGACCAGAUCACCUACCUAUGGCAAGCCCUCACACCGAGCCGGUGACUCGUGUGCGAAAUCACGGUUCCACAGAUGGUGCCACUCGCCCUCACCGUCCUACUUCACCCCUGCAUCACUAUGACCCCUCUGAUGUUUCUCGAGAUAACCAUUCGGGCCGUGCUGUGUCGAACCCAAGACGUCAAAACUCAGUGGUGUUGUCACAGGGGAACUCCUCGGGAGCAACCUCAUCUCACUAUGAUAUGCCAUCAAGCAUCACUCUCAACUAUUCGAGUUCACCUUCAGAGCAUCUCAGUCUUACAUCAGAGAUAAUAGCUCGGGCCAAUGCAGGUAUGAAUGCGACCAAUGACGAUAGUCGGCACGCCACAGAUCCAAACAACACAACCCUUGGUAUCAAUGGGGCGAACCGUCGUUCACAGCGAGCAGCAGAGCUUUCGCGCCGCGUUGAACGACUCUCUGCCGGGGCAGAAAGAGGAUACGAUGCCUCGCGCCUAGAAACCUACGAGAUUCGCGCAAACGUAGCCGCUGAGCGACUACGGCGUCAACGCCAGAUUGCCAAUGAGGUACACAAUCGUUCCUUCGAGAGUGAGCAACGACAGCGCCAACAACUACUUGGUUUCGAGCAGACACACUCCCCCCGCUGGAUUAGGAACAUUAUCAAUGACCUCCCUGACCGAAGUUCCAUGCCCCACACGGGUGCCGAUGAACCAGACGCUACUGCAGGAAUCGGCUGGGGCGCCGAUGGCCGUACAUUAUAUAUCGCCACCCUGGAGGGAAUAUUUGAAUUCCAACUCAACAUUCAUGACCGGAAGACUUUCCCUGUCUUCUCUUGCCGUUAA